AUGAGACUGUGCUUUAGUGUCUUCUUGGAUUUUCUCGACAUUUUCUCGAAAUUCACUAGGGCUGAGCAAGAACUGCUUUAUCGGUUAUAUACUCAGGUUAUUGUGAAUUUGCAUCAGACAUUAGAGGAUGAGUUUGAUGCACAAUGUCACGAAACUCAGGUCGGACCAAUUCUGGAUACAGUCGAGGAGCUGGUCGAAGAACAGAGUUUGGAUCCCUUAUUUUCAGAUAAGACGAAUGUAAUGGACAUAGCAAAUGAUCUAACAACAGCUAAGAAGAGCAAGAUACAAAUGUUAACAGGUUUGCUUCAACGGGCCGAAGAACAGAAUUGCCAAAUGGAAGCUCGAAUCACUCUGCUCAGAAAACAAACACAAGAUGUCUCAGGCACAGCUAGUGCAAUCGAAAAGCUGAAAACCGGGAUCUCAAGCUACUUUGAAGGAAAUGACAAGCUACCUCCAAUAUAG